CAUCACCACAUUAGUUAAUGGAUUCUGGGUAAAAGAGCGUGCGUCGUCGUUUUUAUAUUAAAAAAAUAUAUUUUUUACAAUUACUUGUAAAAAAAGGAAGAAGUGUGAACUCAAAAUAAUUGCCUUAAAUUGCAGUGUUAAUAAAUAUUAAUCGUUUGUGCUAAAAUACUUGAAUUUAAAUAGUAUUGAUGUUUUAGUUAACGGAAAAAAAAUCCAGUGAAUAUUAUCUAUAUAUACUGUAUAAGAAAACAGUUGAAGUAUUAUAUAUAUAUUUUGGGUGUUUAACCAUAUUUUUCGGCAGGUGUGUCCUUUCGAGAAGAAGAAAGGGAAAAAUUAUUUUAAAAAAAAGUAUAUCAUCCACAGGUCAAAGAUGAUUGAACUAACAGUGAAGACAUUAGAUUCCCAGGAUCAUUCAUUUUCAUUAGAUGACGACAUAACAGUUCGAGGAUUUAAGGAAUAUAUUGCUGAGUCAGUUGCAGUGCCGGCAGAUUCACAGAGGUUGAUUUAUUGUGGAAGAGUUCUGCAAGAUGACAAGAAACUCAAUGAUUACAAUGUCAACGGAAAAGUCAUACAUUUGGUUCAACGUGCACCACCUCAACCCGGACAGAGAGGAAAUGAGGUGGAACAGAGACAAAAUACCACUCAGAAUACAAAUCACUUUCACAGAGCUCAUUAUCGAGUGAUAAGGGACAUUAAUUUGCAUAAUGCUCACGAUGGACCCAAUGCUCAAGUGCAUGGCAAUACGAUGUACCUCGGUGCAAUGACACUACCAACAGAAGUUGUCGAAGGACAUGGUCUUCCCCUACCACAAUUGAGCAACACUUUAUCGAACAGUCGAAUGGUUAUGGCCGAAAAUAUGCUAACGAACGCGAAUCGUAUUUUGGAUCGACUCAAUAAUCCAGUGGCCCCAACACCAGAAGCUUCGAAUGAAAGACAAAGUACAUCGUCAACGGAGAAUUCUGACGUUAAUAUGGAUACAUCUUCUGAUUCAAGUCGAUCGGUACCAACCUCAUCAGGGAAUCGAGAAGGUCUUGCUCUUAUCGAUUACAUUACAAAUAUGCUCGACACAAUGAUUAAGGAUAUGCUCAGAAUGAUCGGAUGUCGUUUAGUCGAGAGCGAACAAGUUGAGGAUUUCUCUGAGGAUACUGAAGGAGCUUCUAACAGAAAUAACACACCAUCAGACACGGCAUCACAACCAGAAGAUCCAUUGAGUUUGAUUUUUUCGAACAGUACACCAUCGAGUCUUUCCGAUCGACUUAGAGCGCCUCCUACAGAACCACGUCCUCCGCAAAUGGCAGAUCUACUGCAAAUGUUAAUGAACACCCAAGAUCGUCUCAGACCUUUCUUAGAACGUUAUCGCGUUCUUAUGGCUACAGAUCCUGUUCUUCGUGCCACUGGUACCGGUGCUGACAGUGUUACCGAAAAUCAGAUUGUUGUCAAUGAAGUUAGCAGAAUUUUGCACUAUAUCGCGCAUGCAAAUCACGCAUUAAGUGAUAUAAUUGUUGACAUGGGACAAGCUCCACCGAGAAAUUUGAGUUGUCGUCCAAUUGUUAUUCAACAGUCCGCUAUUGUACAAGCUGGAAUUCCAAUUCAAGUGGAGGCGCAUAUAAGUGUCAAUGAACACAAUGCUCGUGCUAAUAGGACCGAGACGAAUGGCAGUACGCAAACACAGGUUGAAUCAUCAGAUAAUACAGAAUCAAGAGAGAAUUCCUCUCAGGAACAACGACCACAACAACAGCAGCAGCAAAAUUCUUCAAGCAGUAGUCAUCAGCGUUUUGAUCAUCAAUCAAAUUCUGAUCAACCACCGCGUACAGAACAACAACAACAGCAACAAAGAAAUCAAACACCACUUGGCAGUCUAUUCAGCAGUGUUUUCAAUUUGCCAAGUAAUGUGGAAGUUUUAAUGGAGGUCAGUCCUGAUAGUUCUAUGGAUCUUAAUUCAACAGACGAACAGGGGUCGAAUAGUACUCCGAAUAAUAAUGAGAAUAGAGGGAAUCCUAUGGGAAGGGGAGCAAGUUGGAUGUUUCCCCCAGGGGCACCACCAACAGAUCUCAUUCGUAACCUAAUGCACGCCGUAGCUGGUCAUAUUGUUCAAGAUCCCUCUGGCAUGUCAGCCAAUCAAUCUAUGAAUCCAAUAAAUAUAACCCAUAGUCAACACACUAUUGGCGUUACAAUUGACAGCAAUGGUCAAAAUUCUGGCCAAAGUACUCAAGCAAGGAAUAAUGUGGGUACACAUCCAACGACAUCGACACAAACACGCAGCACAUCUCGUCCUCACGUCUUUCAUUCCCAUGGUCUUGGUCUUGGUCCCGUGUCCGAUCCAUUCUUACCUUGUAAUUCACAUCAUCUCCGUCGAUGGUCCACCACUGGCGUCAAUCUAAAUCAAAAUCAACAAAAUGCAAAACAUGUUAAUGGAGAUAAAUACCUGCAGAUACUUCGUCGUAAUCUACCCAGCUCCUUCUUCACAUCAAAUCGCGAUGCUUUUGCUUAUACCUUGAGGAAUAUGGUACAAAUUUUGUCCAAUGGAAAAGUUGAAGUUAGAUUUUCAAAUGAAAUUCCAACUUCGGUUACGUCCGGCAUAACACUUGCAAGUUUGAUGGAAAUUCCCUCAACAGUUGUAGCGCAAAAUAAUCUUAUUUUCGAUCUUACUUUACAUAUGGCACGAAAUGUUUUAAUGGAAGAUGUAUUCUGCCUGCCAUGGGGAUUUUAUAACAUUUUCCACAGUCUUCGAAAACCAAUGCGCGAAUUUAUAAGAGAAAAAACAAAGUCAACUGGUUGUGUUGAUGAUUUUGUCGAUCUUGUUUGUGAUUCAUUGAUACCACCAUUAAGCACUAUUCUUCUUGACAAAAAAGAUGGAAACACUGGACAUGAUACUUUCGAUAUUGUUCUUUCUGUUGAAAAUGUUUUACGCCGUCACUUGCCACGGGUAAUUCAACUAUUCUGCAAUGAAGAAGUCAACAAUGCAUCAUUUCAAAUGAGAGCAAAAACCAUUUUCACCGAUUUGAUAACACAAUUCUGCUGUGUUUUGCUCUAUUUUUAUAAUGGAGAUCAAUUGAAACUCAUGAAUACAGUACGAAGAUUAUUGGCCUAUUUAGCGACAGACAUGUUCCCAUCAAUUUCUAAAUGGGUGAUAACGAAAUUGGCGAAUCAAUUGAAACGCAGCAUUCUUGAUAGAUCAACGGCAAGACUUCCAUAUGACAAGAUUGUUCCUCUACUUGUUAAAAAGAAACCCGUUGAAGCCUUAGUAUCAGAAGACGCCAAUUUUCCAGGACACGAAAUUCUACCAGCGGAUUGGGUGCCAACAAUUGCGCUAGAUGGUGCAAGUCAACGUCGUUCAGCACCGGCCGGAGGAAUUACAAACUUCAGCGACGCCUACUUGGGAUGUUUACCAUGUAAACGACGGAAGAUAAUACAACAAGAGAAAUGGCAAAUUGUGUCAAAUCCAACUUCAAAUCAUUCAACGGUAUCGGCUUCCAUUGAGAGAAUGGUGAGAGAAAGUAUUAGUCGCGUUGGUGUUGCAGAAGUUGAAGGAGCUGCCGCUGCAGUAGGAAAUGAUAGCGCGGUAAAAACAGCUUUUGGUCAAGCAAUCCAAGAUCACGGACACAGUAGAGAUCAUGGUUCUGAUUUUCCAAAUUCCGAACGUUUCCCAAAUGCGACAAAAUUCUUUUGUAAAAAACCCCGAAGAUAAUUAUACAUUGCGCAUAUUUUUCACAAUAGGGAAAAUAAAAAAAAAAUCCUAAUACUUGCAAUCACAAGAAUUUAAUUUUGACUAAUUUUUUGAAUUUUCGUUCUCAUGGUAUUUUUUUUCGUUUUAUCUCUUUAUUCCAUUAUUUCUAUUUCAAGAGAGAGAAAGAGAAGGAUUCCAAGAGUAUUUCAUAAUGUGUUACCAUAAGUCUUUUUGUUUAAAAAAAAAAAAUUUAAACUCUUGUUGAAUUGAAAUUGAAGAGAAUUCUGACAAGAAAAGAGUGUUGUAUAUGUCAUUUUUAAGCCUUGUCGGUUAUGGGUUUAUAAUAGCGAUAAUUGUAUAACUUUAUAGUGUGUAAAUGUUUAAACCGUUAUCAAGUGCUUAGAAAUUUAUAUAACCAUCGGCAAUUUCUAAUAAUUUAUAUAAUUAUAUCUAAAGUAGCGUAUAUUUUAUCGAGUUCCACUUUGUAGUUUGUAAUUUUAAAUUAUCAUUCGAAGCGAUUGAUGAAUAAUAAUAAUUGUAGCCUAAUUGCUAAAAAUAUCGUUUGAUAAUAUUUCUCAACAAUAGAAAUUUUUCGACACCUAUUGAUUAUAAAUAUAUGUAAAUUCAUGAAA